CUCUAUGCUUUUGUUUUUGCGGUUGGUGACUGGGAGGGAGGGGAGUUCUGUGUCCCGCAAUUAGGCAUCAAAAUUCCCGUUCGCCCCGGUCAACUAUUGGCAGUCUUAGCUCGGGUCCUCGCUCACUUUAGCGCUCCAGUCACAAGUGGC